AUGAUUAAGGCAUCGAUUGCAGAUGAGAUUCAAUCGGCAUUAAUGUUCUCCGUGCAACUGGACACAACGCAAAAUGUUAGCGUAAAGGAUCAAUGCUCGAUUGUAAUCCGAUAUGUUAAAGACCAUAUUUACGAGCGACUGGUAUCCGUCAGCAAUUGUACUAAUUCAACAGGCAAGGGUAUGUUCGAGCUGUUCCGGGAUGAAAUUGUCAAAAUGGGCAUAAACAUUGAAAACUGUGUGGGAAACUCUACAGACGGGGCGGCAAACAUGCAGGGCCAAUAUUCCGGUUUCACAAAAUGGCUCAGUGAGGCAUCCCCAAACCAAGUGCAUGUGUGGUGUUACGCUCAUGUAUUGAAUCUUGUUCUUGUUGAUACCACACAAACCACCAAAGCUGCUAUCAGUAUAUUUCAGCUUAUAAACAAAUGUGCUGUUUUCUUGCGCGAAUCAUAUAUACGAAUGGAUAUAUGGGCUUCAAAACAAUCAAACAAUAGAAGACUAAAUGUAAUUGGCGAGACACGCUGGUGGGCAAAGGACCAUGCAUUAAAAAAAAUAUUUGGAAGCUUCAACAACCCAUCGACGUCCUUGUAUAUUGAGCUAAUUGAAACUUUACAAGAGUUAGCCUCCUCUGAAGACUUAACCCAACUGUUCGCGACACCGCCCAAACCCUAUUAG